AUGCCAGCAUCUCCAAUGCCUAAGAAAAAACAGUUUAGGCCAGUCAGUGCACCUGUGUCGCCUCAAGUUGCUCGAAAGGAGAUGAAACCAGCUGCUCCAGUGAUGGCUCCUUUUGCACCUCAGAAGAUGCCUGAGCAGAAAUUUGUUCCUCAGAAGCCUCAGAAGAUGCCUGAGCAGACAUUCGUUCCUCAGAAGCCCCAGAAGAUGCCUGAGCAGACAUUUGUUCCUCAGAAACCUCAGAAGAUGCCUGAACAGACAUUCGUGCCUCAGAAGAUGCCUGAGAAGACAUUUGUUCCUCAGAAACCUCAGAAGAUGCCUGAGCAGACAUUUGUUACUCAGAAACCUCAGAAAAUGCCAGAAGAGAUGUUCGUUCCUCAGAUUGUUCCAGAUCAGAGACAGCCGAAGUCUCGACCUCAAGAAAGACAACCAGUCUUUGUGAGAGAUAUGCCUGGACCUGGCUACAACAUCCAACAAGAAGGCCCAGUUCAGCAGAUAUCUUACGCCUCAGAUACUGAAAGUGGGUAUCUACGAAUCGUAGAUGAUGGCACAAGGAGGCAACCUCUGCCAUGGGAAGUUCAGCCUGAAGCUCCCAUCAUGCCUCAGAAAAGGUUUUUAUUUUCUAUAUUUAGCAUGCUCCUUUCCUUCCGUUAG